AUGGAGGGUGCCUUCAGCGGCGGGUACCAGAUGUACGGCCAGCAGCAGGGCGCGCAGGUGGCGCGCUACGCCCAGGCCGGCCAGCAGCAGCCCCACCAGAGACAGCAGCAGCAAGGGCAGCAGGCGCAGGCACAGCAGCAGGCGCAUGCCCAGGCCCAAGGCCAGGCCCAGCAGCAGCAGACGCAGCAGGCUGCGUACGGGGGGGGCGCCUUCCAAGCCCAACAGGUCCAGGCCCUGCAGCAGCAGGGGUACACGGUGCUGCAGGCGGCGGGCGCCCAGGGCGCGGCGGGCACCACCGCGAUGCUGUCUGGCAUGCCCGGCUACACCAUGCAGGCAGCAAAGGGCGCAGGGGCAGCAACGUCCCAGGCAGUGCCCGCGGCCAGCGGGCAGUACCAGGACCAGGCGGGAAAGCUGCAAUCCCUGUACCAACAGGGUGCUCAGCUGCAGAUUGGCCAGCUUCAGGGCGUUGCUCAGACACAGUUGUAUGGGCAGAAGGCGACCACUGGGGCAGGUCUGGGUGGUGCUCAGCAGACGGUGGGGGCACAGCAGUUGUCCCAAGCAGGUGUGCAGGUCCUUCAGCAGCUUGCCCAGCAGCCCAAUGCACAGGCAGGCUAUGGAGCGGCAGCCCAAGCAGUCCACGUCGUCCAGCAGAAGGCACCAAGUCAGGGUGCUGGUCAGUAUCAAUACAGCACACCCACCAAUGCCUCCUAUGGCACGAUGCAGAAGGCAACAGGGUUCAGUGCUGUGGACCGGGCACCAGGUGCCCAAAUCACUGGACAGUACGGUGGAUCAUCACAGCAGCAGCAACGACAACAGUAUGACAGGGCAGGCCGUGGCACUUACGGGAGUGUGCAGCAGCAGAGCCGGGCAGGAAUGGGUGUAGGGCGGAGCAUGGGUGGAAGAGAUGCAGGCCAUGGUAUGAGGGGAAUGUAUGGAGGUGGCAUGGGCAUGAACAGCGUGCGUCCAGCCAUGUACACUCCAGGCGGUGGUGGUAGAGGGUACGGCCAGUCUGCCAGCGGCUAUGGAAGGAGUGGUGGCUGGCCAGAGAGGGACAGGGGCGGGUACGAUCGUCUCAAAGGGAGGAUGGACGACAGGAGCAAAGACAGGGGACCCAGGAUGCCUUUUGAUGACAGAGGCCCUCGACAUGGCCACGACGCUGACCGGGAUCGGGACAGGUACCGUGACCGCGACCGCGACCGGCCCCGGGAGCGCUACGAGCGGGACCACCGCGAUGCGCGGGACCGCGACAGGGACCACCGGGACCACCACGACAGGGAGAGGGACAGAAAGUCCCCGCCGCCUCGCUACAGCCGCACCGACAAGAGAGACGACCGAAAGGACGGUUCAGUGCUGCACCGCGAUGCACAGGGCAUGUCCCUGCCGCCGUCCUCCAAGCCCUUCUCCGGCCCGCCAACCAGCAGGGAGCCGAUCGCAGCAAAGGACGCCAAGACAUCUCACUCAUCGCCUGCCCACAGACCGCCCCCCGAGUACGGGGUCAGGGUCCCGCACAAUUCUUUUGUGACCUGUGAGCGAGACUACACCAACAUCUCACGCCGCUAUUCGCACCUCUACAUCUCCGCAGAUUUUACCAAGCUCGUCAGUUGUUGGACCAAGAUAGAGGAAAAGCUGGGCUCCCUGGGCUGUCGCUUGUUUCCGCUGGAUAGGCCAGCCAAGUUUGAGAAUACGAUGGGGAUCUUGGAGCCAGAAGCAGAGUUUGUCCCUCCCACUGCGAAAUGCCCCCCAAGGGAUGGCCAGACCUCCUGGAAAACGAAGGUUGUGCCGCUGUCAGGACUGGACAGCCAGCAGAAGAUGAACGUGUUGAGGGGAUCACACAACGAGGGGGGCACCACUAUGGCCAAGAGCCUGAAGUUCCUUGCGGUCCGUGAGGAGGAUGAGAAGCAUCACCGCAGUGGAAUCAUGUGCCUCGGUGGGCCCUGGGACGCCAAACUGGAUGGAGACAACCCUGAAAAAAAUCCCCAGGCCCUGAUCAAUUCCUGCAUUCGGCACGUCAAAGCUCAGGCCGACUUGGACCUGUCAGUGUGCACCCAAUGGGUUCGAUUCUGUGAGAUUCACUUCCAACGUGAAAUGCCUGAUGGCACUGAAGCUAGCGAAGUCACCGUAGUGUUCCUUGUGGACGUGGACAAGUGUCUUCCCGAUCAGGAGUCGUGGCCUGACGUGUGGAAGGAACGGCUCGAGUGGAAGAAAGCGAAGAAGAUCUCAGAGGAUGCUGAGAAGCAAGAUGAAGCUCCCACAAAAGGGGCCAAUGGCCACGGCACGGAAGCCGCGCUUUCUGCGAAGGAGACCGAUCAAAUGGUGACUGAUGCCAAGGAGGGGGUUACCAAGGCUGCAGAGCCUGGGGUAGAGGCAGCGAAAGAUAAGGAAGUCAUGACCGAUGCGCCAGCAGCAGAGGAGGUGGAGGAUGGCAACCCCAAGGAGGGGACAGUGGGCUCGAUGGCAGAGGGUGUAACAACAAACGUGGAGGAGCCGGGGGUGAGUGAAGGGGCCGAUGAAGAGAUGACAGAUGCAACAAAAGCCAAUGGAGAGGUGAAAGCUGCGGAGGGCGGGACUCACAGCACAGAGGCAGUCACUGAGGCCAACACUGCCAACGACGAGGCUGCAAAGGCAGAUCCUGCAGGAGCUGCUGACAAAAAAGUGGAGGAGCCAAAGGCACAGCAGGAAGAGCCCCCUCCCAAGGAGACAUCCAUUCUGGUGAAGGCCCGAAACACCACAGCCCUGAAGCUCCGCACAAUGACGAUAUCACUGGAUGGCUUGCUGGAUUAUGAUGAGGGCGACAAGGAGGAAGCCACCUUCGAGCUGUCCCUCUUUGCAGAGGGUUUCCAUGAGAUGCUGAUGAGGGACUAUGGGCUUAUCAUUCUGGAGGCCCUUGAAUCUGAGAGGGCAGCCGCACGUCUGCGAAAGCAGGAGGAACAGAAAAGAAAAAAGGAGGAGGAAGCAGAAGCUGCUAUGAAAGAUACAAAGGAUGAAGAGAGGGUGGCCAAGCGAGUGAAGACGGAGUAUGGUGUGAAAACCAUGGAGGCAGAACCAGCACCCCAGGAAGAGCAACAGAUAGAGACUAAGGAGGAAACUAGCGAUGCUGCCAUAGAUAUAACCACCUGCACAGCGGAGGGAGCAAAGCCUGGCAAUGAGGCCGAUGGCCAGCCUGUGGAUGUUGCACAGAGCAAGGAGACAAUUGAAGGACUUGAUGGGGAUGGCAAGGCAGACCCUGCUGAGGAGGGGGCAAGGGCUGAGGGCACUGGGGGCGAUGUUGAGAUGGACAGGGGCGAAGCCGAGGGCGCUGUGGGUGAUGGGGCAGAGGACGACGGCAAGCAUGGGGAAGUAGGCGCCAAGGCGGCAGAGGGUGGCGAAGUGGCGGACAAAGCCAAGGAAGGGGCCAAAGCCUCCACAAAGGAAAUGGAGCAGGCAGAUGCUAGCGGUAAGCAGAAAGAGGCUGAAGUCAAGGAGGCCAAGAAGAAAAAGAGAUACAGAGUGGAUGAGAAACUUCUGAUGGCCUUCAGAUACUUCGAUCGGACAGGGUGCGGGUACAUCAAGUCGGAGGACCUCCGACGCAUGCUCCACAACCUUGGGAGGUCCAUGCCGCCCCGCACCGUGCGGGACCUCGUCGCUAACGUGGUGGACCGGUCGUCCAGAUACAAAGAUCGCGACACGCGGGUGUACUACCGCGACCUCACUGACAAGGAAAUCGUGGAGGAAGAAAAGGUUGCAGCGUAA